GAUAGCGACGAGCCCGUUCCUGUCGCGGAUACUGGAAUUCUGCGCUUCUGCGAGAGAAGAGCGAUAUCCCUGUUGUACUUUGACGCAAGGAAAAAUCGCAGGAAAAUCUGUCACGAUGUCGAGCAGCAAGUGCGUGAAGCAGCCGCGUAAGGCGUACACUAAGGAGCAGCAUGAGAUGACGCACUCCGAGAAGCUGAGGCUGAUCGACGACGAGCUGAACUCCUUUUACAAGUACUGCCAGCAGGCGGGCUUCACCGAGGAGGAAAUGGACAUUAUUUGCCAGCCGCUCGUGGCGGCGAUGCGUCGCUCAUGGUUGCAGCUCGUCUUUCGUGGCACUCUGGUGCUGAUAGUACUGGGCACCCUGGCGUGCCUCGCGGCUCAGCUGGACUUCGUUGGUACACAUUUCACCGCCCUCAGCCGUCUGCUGCUGAUCAAAAUUCUGCCGAUCUGGAACUGGCAGCCGCUCUAUUACGAGAACUGCAUGAUCAACAAUCCCUUCUACAACGAUUACACUAUCACGGAAGAGGAUUGCGUGGUACGCUCCGUAUUUUCAGGAUGAGAAAUCAAUCUUUACGUCCCAGGAAAAAGA